AUGAAGGCAUUCGUGCUGGGAUCUGCUGUACUGCUGCUGGCUUCGGCCACGGCUUCCGCCUCCUACCUCGGUGUGGCGCUGUCGUCGCAGUACCAGGCGCAUGACGGUAUCGGUGGCUACGCGUACGGUUACGCCGAACCGAACUCGCAGAAGCACGAAACGAAGGAUGCGCACGGCAUUACGCACGGUGGCUACUCGUACGUCGAUGCGAACGGGCAUGUGCAGAGCGUGAAGUACACGGCCGACCCGAUCCACGGCUUCCAGGUGUCCGGUACGAACCUGCCGAAGGGUCCGGCACCGCAUGCCGUCCCGGUGCCGGCCUGGAACGCGUACGCGUACGCCCCGGUCGUGCUCGGCCACAAUGGUGCCCCGAUCGAGACGCCGGAGGUGCAGGCCGCCAAGGCAGCACACUUCGCCGCCCAUGCCGCCGCCAAGGCCCGUCUGCACAAGCGCUCGGUGUACGCACCGUGGACGUAUGCCGCUGCCGCCCCGGUCGUGCUCGGCCACAACGGAGUCCCGCUCGACACGCCCGAAGUUGCCCACGCCAAGGCGGAACACGCUGCCGCACACGCGAAGGCCCUCGGAUAUGCGCACCCGCAGGCCGGUCCGGUCGCGGACACGCCGGAAGUCGCCCACGCUAAGGCUGCCCACGCUGCCGCCCAUGUUGCUGCCCGCGCCAACCAUCACGCCGUCGCCCCGGUGACCGUCGCCCACACGCACGCCGUCCACGCCGCGCACGUCAGCCAUGCCGCACACUACCCGCAGCACAUCCCGGUGAUCAAGAACGGAGUGCCGGUCGAAACGCCGGAAGUCCAGCACGCCAAGGCCGCACACUUUGCCGCGAUCGCGAAGGCCCAGGGAUACGCGCCGGCCCACGCACACUCGUACUACCCGCAGCACAUCCCGGUCAUCCACAACGGUGUGCCGGUGGAGACGCCCGAGGUGCAGCACGCCAAGGCCGCACACUACGCCGCCAUCGCGGAGGCUAGCGCCCGCGCCGGUGCCGGUGCCUGGGCCCCGGCUGGCCACGAGGACGACGGUAGCUACGAUGGCCGAUGGGACAACCACUACUAG